AUGGAUGAAAGAUCCAGUAAGCUCAUCUUGGUUCCUAUUUUAGCUGUCCUUUUUGUUAUGAUAGGUUACCAGUACAUAUGUCCCGCUGGCAGCAAUUCGUGCCACUUUAAGGCUGGGGAGAAAUUAAGGGGGGUGAGCCUACUUUCCACCCCGUACCAGGACAGCGACGAUUUCUACAGAGACCAAGACCUGGAGGAUGACAGCCCUCCUAAAGUGCCGUCAAAAUUCAACUUCACAGAGAGAGACCUUGACAGACACGUGGAGUUCAACAUCAAAGGGGACGACGUGAUAGUGUUUUUGCACAUCCAGAAGACCGGAGGAACCACUUUCGGGAGACACUUGGUGAGGAAUAUUCGCUUGGAGCAGCCGUGCGACUGCAAGCCAGGGCAGAAGAAAUGCACAUGUCACCGGCCAGGGAAAGAGGAGUCCUGGCUCUUCUCCCGGUUCUCCACCGGCUGGAGCUGCGGACUGCAUGCAGACUGGACCGAGCUCACGAACUGUGUGCCUGUCAUAAUGGAUAAGAAGGAGGCCCAGAGGAAUAAAAGGAACUUCUACUACAUCACCAUGCUGCGUGACCCAGUCUCCCGCUACCUGAGUGAGUGGAAGCACGUUCAGCGCGGAGCCACAUGGAAGACCGCCCUCCAUAUGUGCGAUGGACGUUCGCCCACCCAGGACGAGCUUCCCACCUGUUACAAUGGGGAUGACUGGUCCGGUGUCACCCUGACAGAGUUCAUGAACUGCCCAUCCAACCUGGCCAAUAACCGUCAGGUCCGCAUGCUGGCGGACCUGAGCCUGGUGGGCUGCUAUAACCUGUCUUCUAUGAACGAGAGCCAGCGAAACCACAUCCUUCUUAGCAGCGCCAUGAGCAACCUGAAGAACAUGGCUUUCUACGGCCUGACCGAGUUUCAACGCAAGACGCAGUACCUGUUUGAGCGGACGUUCAGCCUGCGCUUCAUCUCCGCUUUCACGCAGAUCAACAGCACGCGAGCCGCCAAUGUGGACCUGAGCGAGCUUGUGCGCAAACGCAUCGAGGAGCUCAACUUCUUGGAUGUGCAGUUGUAUGAGUACGCAAAGGACCUGUUCCUCCAGCGUUUCCAGUUCACCCGCCAGAGGGAGCACCAGGAGGUGCGCUUGAAGAGGCGUGAGGAGAGGCGAUGGCUGAGGGAGCAAAAAGAGCAGGGCAGGCCAUGGGUGCCCAAACACAGAGGGGUCGGAAAUAGAGGCGGGAGAAGGGGAGGAGGGUUGGAGAAAGGUACUGAUGGUGACUUUCCAACCACCACUGAGGACUACACAAGCCAAGUGGCCCGUUGGUGA